GCAGACCAGAGGUCGACCAGUUUCUCCGCAAAACAUUGUUUCUCAUUCUCGUGUACAGUUUCUUGUGGCCUCGGUGCUGUGUGCUGCCGCCAGAUGCUGCUCUUCACAAAGUCGGUAGCUCCCACCGAUUCUCCGUUGUUUCUCUUCUUGUGCGUCGUGAAGUUGUGACGGUUCACCAAACACUUCCAUCGUGCGCAUGCGCGGCAUUGAUGGGUUUUUAAAGGAAGCCUUUCCCUGUAUCGUUGGGGUAACUUUCACUCCGUCGCACGAACCGUGAAGACCGUCACAGCCACUGCACUGCGAAGGUCGUCCGUCUUUCCCCUGUUGUUUCUUUCGAGUGAUGCACAGCUGUGCAAAUACAAAGAACGAUAGACACUCGUUUCCCUGCUGAAACUAUUACUUGUCCUCACGUACCGAGUUUUUUCCACCUUGCAGCUUACCUGAAACCCCAGCGUCGGCCUUUUGUCGCUUUAGGUGUCUUGCUCGUCUCGGUGUACCCGUUCGCUCGCGACCCUGCGAAUGCGUUGAAAUUCCACAAGCUUUUGUGGACACUCAAAUACUUUUGGCCCCUGCCUCGCGUUUCUUGUUUUCUUGCUCCGAAGCCACUCUCGCGUUCAACAGUCGCGGGUACGGCUUUCCCCCUCUCGACGACUCCACACGGUUUUGAGGACCUCGUCCAAGCGUUUUUCGCCUCAUCGUUUCUGUGUGCUUUCCUCCAACAUCUCCCCCCUUCUUCAUCAUGUCUGGAGACUCCGUCGCGCCCCAUCAAAGGGCUGCAUGCGAGCAGCUUCACAGCGAGUAUAAGCAAUGCCUCGCCAAGAACGGCCGAACCCACUUCAGCGCAUGCACGGACUUCCACAGCAAACUUCGAGCGUGCGAAAACAUGUUGGGGACCUCGUACUGCAUUGACGAGGGUAUCAAUCUGAUGAAGUGCACCAAGAAUCCGGAUCCCUCUUUCUGUGCGAAGGAGUUCGUGGCGAUGCGCGAGUGCAACCGACCCCAGGGUCCUCACCUCGUUCUCUCUUCUUCGCCGUCUUCGCCGCCUCACUACGAACUGCGGCCGGAAGUGAAACAUCUUUACAAUGUAGACUCGACAGACUUGGGAUCUGCCGUCGCUCCAGUGAGGAGCAAAGAGCAGCUCGACCGAGUGGCGGACUCGCUGAAAGCCGACUUAAACCUCCCUGGCUACGGUCACAUCCCGUACAAAUGGGAGAGCCUGCGCCCGAAUCCGGGAGCCUGAGCAAAGAAAGAGGACAGAGAAACUGAAAACAGAAGACGAACCAGAGCCGUGAAGCGUGAGAACGGAUCAAUGGUCCUGCCCGCGUUUUUGGCGGUGGUGUGGAGACAAGAGAAAGGAGGGAUUGGAAAUAUGUCCCAAUGAAAAGGACGUUAGAGCAGCGACUUGCGUUUGGUCUGAUGACUUCCUGGAGAAUUCAGGAGAUUCUCUCGUCACUCUGUCCGGCUCGUGGCGAGGAUCUCCGUCCAUCCAAUUCAGCCAGAGAGAGAGAGAGAGCCCUGGUCCCUGGCCAGGAAGUGGAUGGAAAGAAGCGGCAGAAAAAGGAACGGCAUUUCUUGCUGAAACCGGGUACAGACCAAAUGUGAUAAACUGCAUUCGGCUGUCGAGUUUCUUCAUGUUGACUCGGGACUGUUUUUGCUCCGGAAAUGAGUAAACCUCGUGCAUCCACGCGGUGAUGACACUGAUCUGUUUUUUCUCGUUCACUAUAGAAGACAGGAUGCGAGAUUCGUGUGCGUGAGUCCUGGCCACCCCAACUCAGCCUUCAAAAAGACAACAGCGGUUUCUACGAAACGUGCAACCGAGAGCACAAACACAAAUCCCACCGUUAGAAGACUUCUUCAGUUCGCUUCAGUUCCUCCUUGUUGCUCUUCUGUUCACGGUUCGCUCG